AUGAGAUUCAAUAACCGAACACAGUUGGUAUUCUUAAUUUCCAGGGUGUUUAAUAGGCAUUGCUCUACUGAAGUGCGAUGGUUUUAUGCUGCAGACGUCCCUCUCAAAAAACCCUUUGAGUCAAGCUACAAACCCAAGCUGGCCCCUAAGAAGUUUAUUCCAUUUUCCCAUAAUGAUUCAGAGAGGUUGGAAAGAUUCUAUCAGUUGAAUAAAGAGUAUAGCUUGCCAAUUUCAGUAAACGAAGAUUAUCUAUUUGAAGUUUCUUUGAACACUAGACAAUUAAUGCCCUCAUAUUGGGAAGGUCCGAUAUAUGAAGUUCGACGCGGCGAAUGGUUUAACUCAGACAACAUGCCAUUAGAUGAAAACUUGGUUCGAGAAAUUGAGAAUUAUAUUUUGCAGUGUGAUGAAGGGCAUGAUUUAUUUAAGUUAGAAGGGGAUUAUGAAGAGGGUAAAUAUGUACUGUUCGUUGGUGAUAAGAAAACAGAAGCCAUAUUGAUUCCUGAGCUUUAUGGCGGUAGUUUGCAACUAAGUUUAUUAAGGAAUAACAAUUUUAUGCCAAUUGGAUUUAGCAAGGUAUCAAAAGGUUAUUCAGAACAGCGACAUGGUGUACUUAUGAAAGCAGCAUUGGAUUUAGAACAUCAAGUCAUAGGACAGACAAAGCAUUUGGGUAAAAUAUCAGAUAUGCUCAAUUGGGAAUUUCUGGAUUUGUUGUACGGCUCUAAUAAGAAGAUCUUGGAUGAACAUGCAGAUACUGUAAUGAAGGAGGAAAUGGAGGUGGAUUACAGAACGAACGAUGAAGAGGAGCCUGCUACUAAGCCGCAAUCCAACUAUAGAGAAGUGGAUCACUUAGUAUUCUGUGUACACGGUAUUGGCCAAAGUUUAGGUAAAAAAUAUGAAUACGUGAACUUUGCUCAUACUGUCAACUUGUUAAGAAACAACUUGAAACAGGUUUACUCUAAGUCUGAUCGAUUGAAACAGCUCAAUAAAAAUGAUGCUUUAACGAAAGACUGGGAGAGCAACAGCAGGAUACAGGUACUUCCAAUUACUUGGAGGCAUCAUAUCGGUAUUAAUACAGAAGACCUGGACUCUACUAUUGAUAGCACAGAAUUACCAACCUUAUUAGAUAUAACAGUUGAUGGAAUUCGACCUUUACGCAAAUUGUUUGGAGAUAUUGCUUUGGAUGUGCUGAUAUAUACUGAAGAAUAUUAUCAGGACCUGAUAAUGAGAAAUGUAUGUGACAGGCUAAACAGAACUUUUGCUAAAUUUUGCGAAAAUAAUCCUUCGUUUAACCGUAAAGUUAGCUUGAUCGGACAUUCAUUAGGAUCCUUAAUCCUCUUCGACUUGUUAUCGAAGCAUGACAAGUAUCCGUUAGACUUUGAAGUAGAAAACUUCUUUACCAUUGGAUCCCCUUUGGGGGUUUUCAAAUUGAUUCAACAAACAAAGAUAGGUUCAUAUACCGAUUCAGAUACAGAACCACACUCAGACCUAAAGGUAGCACGCCCAAAAUGUAAGGAGCUCUACAACUUAUUCCAUUCAUGUGACCCGAUUGCCUAUCGUAUGGAGCCCCUGAUUGAUAAAAGAUUUGCACAGUAUCGUCAACAUAUAAUAGAAUCUGCCACUCAAAAUCAGUUCACUGUAAAGGUGAAGGAACUCGGUGACACCUUUAAAUACGACGCUAAUGCAGAGCUUACGAAGAUGCCUGAAGCACUAUUUAAAAAAAUUAUCAAAUUGAAUAGCUUUGGCCGCGUUGAUUACUCUCCUGAAGUUAAGCCUUGGGAAUCAGAUACUCUGAGUGCGAUUAAGGCCCACGUGAGUUAUUUUGAGGAAGAAGAUAUAGCUGAUUUUCUACUGGAAUGUCUUCUUCGUAUCCGAUCGCCUGUAACAGAACAGUUUUGUAAAGUGGAAAAAAAAUGA